AUGGCCUCCAAACCGGUCAACCUGCAAAUCAAGCCGCGAGGCAAACGCAUUCCAAAGCUCCCGAAAGAAACCAGCAUCUACAUCCAGGGUAGCACCGGUGACCUGUACCACCGCAUCGCCGCCGAGUCUCGCUUUGACAUUCACCGCUUGAGGAUAACGAAGGAAGAUGGCACGCUGGUACUUAAUGACAAGAAGACGACGGUGGACAGCCUGGGUUUGAAAGAUGGAAGUGUGAUCCAGGUGAAGGACUUGGGCCUCCAAAUCGCCUGGCAAACAGUCUUCAUCAUCGAAUACCUCGGCCCGCUCCUCAUCCACCCACUCCUCUACUUCCUCCAACCCUACAUCUACAAAAACGCCCCCGCCGAACCCUCCCACCUCCAAACACUGUCAUGCAUCACCAUCACCCUCCACUUCCUCAAGCGAGAGCUCGAAACGCUCUUCGUCCACCGCUUCAGCAACGCCACCAUGCCCGCCUUCAACAUCGUCAAGAACUCAGCUCACUACUGGGCCAUCUCCGGUCUGCUGAUCGCCUACUUCGUCUACUCCCCCACCUCCUGGGCCGCGGCCGAAGACACCAAUCCCGCGCUCACAUACACCGGUCUGGCAUUGUACAUCUUCGGAGAAAUCGCCAACCUCAACACACACUUGGUGCUCCGAGGCCUUCGAUCACCAGGCGGCACCGAGCGGGGUGUCCCUCAAGGAUUCGGGUUCGAUUGGGUGACGUGCCCGAACUACUUGUUUGAGAUUGUGGCGUGGAUUGGGAUUACGAUCAUCACGCGCUCGUGGACGACGGUGGUGUUCUUGGUGAUUGCAGGUGGACAGAUGGCGCUGUGGGCGAAGAAGAAGGAGUAUCGGUAUAGGAAGGAGUUGGGCGCGAAGUAUAGUAAGAAGAGGUUUGGGACGAUACCAGGGGUUUAUUGA